AUGGAGGAGACUGAGGAGAAGACCAUUGAGUUGGAAGAAGGAAUGGAGUGUGUUCAAAAGGGACUUAAUAAGUUGAAAAUAAUCAUAGAAGGAGAGCCGGAGUCAUUCACCUCAGAUGAAUACGUGAUGCUCUACACCACUAUCUAUAACAUGUGUACUCAGAAAGCACCUCAUGAUUACUCUCAGCAACUGUACGAUAAGUACAAAGAAGCAGUUGAAUAUUACUAUUGUUUUGCCUUCUCUGAAUAAGAAGCAUGAUGAAUUCUUGUUGAAGGAGCUUGAGAAAAGAUGGGCAUCUCAUAAACUUAUGGUCAAAUGGCUUUUAAAGUUUUUCCGUUAUCUUGACAAGUUUUUUAUCAAACGAGCUGAAGUCCCUGCACUUAAUGAAGUUGGUCUGAGUUGCUUCCGGGAUCUGGUUUAUCAUGAUGUGAAAAAUAGAGUUACAGAUGCUGUGAUAGCACUGAUUGAUCAGGAACGUGAGGGUGAGAAAAUAGACAGAGUGUUACUGAAGAGUGUGAUAAAUUUGUAUAUUGAUAUGGGAAAGGGAAGGAUGGAUUAUUACGUUAAUGACUUUGAAGAGGCGAUGCUUCGAGAUUCUGCCUGUCAUUAUUCUCGAAAAGCUUCAACCUGGAUUGUUGAAGAUUCUUGUCCAGAAUAUAUGCUUAAGGCAGAGGAGUGCUUGCAAAAGGAGAAGGAUAGAGUGUCUCAUUAUCUGCACUCUAGCACUGAGACAAAACUUCUGGAGCAAUAGUACGACUAAUAAUAUGAACGGACAGCAAGACUACGCACAGAAAAUGCAAAAUCAAGUAUUGAUUACGUAUACCAAUCAGUUGCUUGAGAAGGAGGAUUCUGGAUGCCGAGCUUUGCUUAAAGAUGAGAAGGUUGAGGAUUUAACUCGAAUGUAUAGUCUAUUCCACAAAUUUCCUAAAGGAAUAGAACUAGUAGCAGAGAUAUUUAAGCAGCACGUAGCUGCUGAAGGCAUGAUCGUGGUGCAACAGGCUGCAGAUGUAGCAAAUAACAAGAUCGAAAGCUCGGGUGGUUCACACGAGCAGGACUUUGUCAAGAAGGCAUUUGAGCUACAUGACAAGUAUAUGGUGUAUGUGAAAGGCUGUUUUGCUGAUAACUCUAUCUUUCACAAGGCUCUGAAAGAGGCAUUUGAGGUCUUCUGUAACAAAAGUGUUGCCGGCUCUUCAACUGCAGAGCUCCUUGCUUCUUAUUGUGAUAAUACCCUUAAAAAAGGUGGGAGUGAACAACUCAGUGACGAGGUUAUUGAGGAUACAUUGGAAAAGGUGGUCAAACUUGUUACGUACAUCAGCGACAAAGAUGUGUUUGCUGAGUUCUACAGGAAGAAGCUUUCUCGCCGAUUGCUUUUUGAUAGAAGUGCCAAUGAAGAACAUGAAAGGCUUAUCUUAUCAAAGCUAAAGCAGCAGUGUGGUGGACAGUUUACAUCCAAGAUGGAGGGAAUGGUGACAGAUUUGUCAUUGGUGAAGGAUAAUCAGACCCACUUUCAGGAAUAUAUCAGCAACAACACUGCAACAAAUCCUGGAAUCGAUAUGACUGUCACUGUUCUUACUACUGGAUUCUGGCCUGGUUAUAAAUCUUGUGAUCUGAGUCUCCCUGUAGAAAUGGCAAAGGGCGUAGAAUCCUUCAAGGAAUUUUAUCAGAAAAAAACGAAACACAGGAAACUAACAUGGAUAUUCUCAUUGGGACAAUGUAACCUUAACGGAAAGUUUGAACAGAAAACUAUUGAAUUGAUUCUGGGAACAUACCAGGCUGCUGCUCUACUACUAUUUAAUGCUUCUGAUAAAUGGAGUUACGCUGACAUCAAGACUGAGUUAAACUUGGCUGAUGAUGACUUGGUCAGAGUUCUGGCAUCCGUAUCAUGUGCCAAGUACAAAAUUCUUAACAAGGAGCCUAGUGGUAGCACUGUUUCAUCAACUGAUCAUUUUGAGUUCAACUCCCAGUUCACUGACAAAAUGAGGAGGAUUCGGGUCCCUUUGCCUCCUGUUGACGAUAGGAAGAAAAUGGUUGAGGAAGUUGGCAAGGACAGACGUUAUGCAAUUGAUGCCUGUCUGGUGCGUAUAAUGAAGGCCAAGAAAGUUCUAACUCAUCAACAGCUAAUUUUGGAGUGUGUUGAGCAGUUGAGCAAAAUGUUCAAGCCUGAUGUCAAAGCAAUCAAAAAGAGGAUCGAAGAUCUUAUCACUCGAGAUUACUUGGAAAGAGACCUGGAGAACACAAACACAUACAAGUACAUUGCUUGA